GACGAUCUGCCUCCUCUGUAUGACGAGCACGAGAACGAUGCCGUGCCCUUCAUCGACCCUCUGGCUCCCACCACCGGCCCCGGAGCCGGCGGCCUGACCAUCGAGCCCUUCAAGCGUGAUGCUCGCUCAGAUACCGUCUACUACCUGGAUCCCCGCCUCGACUCCGACCCCAAGUUCCUCAACGACACUCUCGUCCAGCUUGCCCAGCUGCCGCCUCGGCCGUUUGCGCAGAUCCGCGGCACUCACACCGAGACUCGCCGCAGGUCGGACGACAAGACGGAGCAGGUCACCGUGGUGGACUUUGACAUUGAGAUUGAGCUCACACACCUUCUCUACGUCAACAUCCGGGACCCUGUCAACGGCGCCUGGCGACAACUGCACAGCGUUGGCAACCUGGAAAAGGUCCGUCGUGGCACCGUCUUCCCCACGCGCGCCCCCGGCUUCGGCGGCAGCGGCGGCAUCAUCGAGAACGGCGAGCCCUCCGUCGAGGAGUGGUGCCACCGCUUCUGUGCGAGCCGUGCCGGCCUCAAGAACAUGGUCUUUGAGCGCCGUGUCACCGGCUGGGACUGGGACUAUCUCAAGAAGCAGCUGGAACGCCUCGUCCACGACACCAACUACCGGGGCCACACCAGCAUCACGUUCCCGGUGCGGAACUCGCGCGUGGAAAUCUACAACGCCUGCCGUGUGAAUCGGAUGCGCCUGACCAAGUGGAUCGAGGUCAUGUUUAUGCUGACGCUCUUGUUCGUCUUCGCCUGGCCUUACCUGUUCUUCCGCACCAAGCGCUGGGAGACGGUGUAUGCCGAAUGGGCCAUGAGCCGUGACGAGCCCGACGGCACGGGCUGCGUGGAGCGUCGCUAUGCCUCCAUGAGCGAGGCCCAGUGGUACCAGAUGUGGGCGAGAGCCAUCCAGAAGGCCGUCUUGGAACGCAGGCAGGGGCAUCUCGACCAGGGCGACGUGGAGAGGGCCGACCAGCCUGCCGACCAGGCCGGUGGCUUUGCCGGCAUGGUGCAGGCCGGCGUGGAAGCCAUGGGCGUCGUCAACCGAUCGUUUGGAUGGGGAGGCGACAGC